AUGAAAAGUAACGACGAAACGUCAAAAUGCCAUCAUUCUACCUCGAGGGUGUGGGGUGAGGGUGUUGAUGAAGAACGUUUAGCUCUAUAUAUAUUACAUGAACUUCGUCUUUGUCCUGAACAUGUUGAAACUCGACCACUUUUUAAUCCAUUACAACCAUUAAUUGAACGAGGUCGUUUGGAAUUAUUUGUUGAUAUAUUUCCAAAAUCACAAGGAUCACCGGGAUCUUCAUUUACAAUUACAUCACGAAAACCUAAACCUUAUGUUCUUCGUUGUAUUAUUUGGAAUACAAAUGAUGUUAUAUUACAAGAAACAUCGAUAACAGGAGAAAAAAUGUCUGACAUUUAUGUUAAAGGAUGGAUGAGUGGUAUUGAAGAUGAUGUACAAAAAACGGAUAUACAUUAUCGAUGUAUUUCAGUUAAAAAGAAAGAACAUUUUUGGAGUUAUGAUGCAACAGAAUUAACAAUUUCACCUGUAUUAAAUUUACGAGCUUGGGAUAAUGAUAAAUUUAGUGCUGAUGAUUUUCUUGGCGCAUUAACAUUGGAUUUAAAUCGUUUAUAUAAACCAGCAAAAGAUUCGGAUUUUUGUACGUUGGGUAUAUUAAAUGAUGAUGCAUCAAGUUGUAUUUCAUUAUUUGAAAAGAAAGGAGUCAAAGGUUGGUGGCCAUGUGUUAAUGUUGAAGGUGAAGAUCUUGAAUUAACGGGAAAAAUUGAACUUGAACUUGAAAUAUUAACUGAAGAAGAAGCUCAUGCAAGACCAGCAGGACGUGGCCGAGAAGAACCAAAUAAAAAUCCUAUUGUUAAUGAUGGUGUUGUUGGAGCACAACGAAAUUGUUCAAGUGAUUUAAUAACAUGA